UUAUGGUCGGUCAUUGUCAUUUCUAAUUCUUUAGAUAUUUUUAGAUAUUUAUACUUAAUUAUUAUGCAUUAUGUAUAAAAAAAAUUAAAUAAAUAAAUUAAAAUGUUUUUGAAAUAGUUUAUUAUUAUUUACAAAAUGCAUAGAAAUAAUGCAAAUGUUACUGAGCGGAGAAUCCAGAGGGAUCCAGUUGCUGUUGAAAAUAAUGCGAAUCCUCAAAUAAAUAAUAAUUUGAGACAUUUAUCUCCAACAAUAAUUGAACAAUUAAAGAAAUCAUGGUUGACUGCUAUUAUUGGUUGCAUUUUAUGUGCAGUUGGUACUUCUUUGCUAUUUUGGAAUGAGGGGAGAGCAGCAUCAGUAGCACAAUCUUUGAAUGAAGCACUGGAACAAGUAGGAAUAAUUGAUGAUUUAUGGACAAUCCCAACGGAAUACGAAGGCCGACUUGUCCACAUCUCAGGACCACUUUGGAUCGACGAACCUCUGACUGAACCAGACUAUGGAGUGAUUAUUGAAAGCGUUAAAUUAAAAAGACGAGUACAAGUUUAUCAGUGGAUCGAGAUUGAAGAAGACCGAGUGUACGCUGGAGAAAUUCAAGAGGACAAGAACUAUUACUAUACCACUGAGUGGAAAGAUAAACUUGUUGACUCGGAUCAGUUUUACAUCCGAACUGGCCACGAGAAUCCUAAGCAGGUCCCGAUAAAAAGCCAAGUGCAGAUUGCGAACCAAGUGAAAAUCGGGUCCGUUUUGCUGGGUCUGGAGUUGAAGAAAAAGUUUACAGACUUCAUUGAGGUAACCAGCGACCAGCGACCUGAAAGGAGUGAUAUAAAAAUGCACGCGGGUCUUUAUUAUCACAGCGCGGAUUUAUGGAAUCCCCGGGUCGGGGACAUCAGGAUAUUGCUGUCCUACGCCGGAAAAGCUGGAGAAGUUUAUACGGUCGUUGGUAAAUUGAUUGAUGGGACUAUUGUUCCUUUUGUUACAUCACAAGGUGAUGAAAUUUUACUGCAGAGGAAACACCAGAUUACUGUCGACAGAAUGUUUCAUCUGGAGCAUGUUCAUAAUUAUUGGCGCACGUGGAUGAUUAGAGCUCUCGGGUGGUUGAUUUUAUUCGCAUCAGCUACAUGUCUAGCAAAUAUUCUCCGUAUAUUGAUACAAAAUUCAUCAUUUCUAUGUGGAAUAAUUGCCGUUGACUCGUUGACGAUAUCUGUGUCAAUGUCGAUAAGUCUUCUGAUCAUCGGAUUUGCUUGGAUGUGGUAUCGUCCGAUUGUAGCUUUGUGCCUUGCAUUUGCGGCAGUACUUCCAUUUUUGUACUCGUAUUUUUUUCCUACUCAACAGCGUGAAGAUUACAGAAGAAUUUGAAAAAUCUAGUCAAUUUUUUUUUUUUUUAACUCUAGUACUAAUUAUUUUUAUUUAUUUAUUUAAUUUUAAUUAAUCUAAAAAUUUGUAAAUAAAUAAACUUUUUAAUACAAUUAAAUUAAAUACUUUUUAAAUUGGAAAUAAAAUAGGGC